CUUUAUUUUAGAAAAUUAAAGGCGUGAUUGCGGUUUAUACUUCUAAAGACAUCCCGGGAGUGAACAGCAUCGUGCGUGGAGACUUCCAACUAUUGUUUGAAAACGAGGAACUUUUCGCAAGCGACAAAAUAUACUAUUACAACCAACCCGUGGCUCUAGUCGUGGCCGAGACCCAAGUCAUAGCAGAUAAAGCAGCAUGUCUUGUUACUGUGAACUAUAAGAAUAUUUCGAAGAAACCAAUAAUUUUCACUAUACAAGACGCUAUUGACGCGCCGCCGUUGGAAAAUAGGCUAAUAAGCUAUGAAGGGAUUACUCCGUCAGAUAGAGGAGUCAACGUGCAAAGAACAAUAAAGGGUUCCUUCUACUCUCCGAGACAGUAUCACCAUAUGAUGGAACUGCACGCGACAGUCACGUGCCCAGUGGACAAUGGCUAUGAAAUAGAUUGCUCUACUCAGUGGGUGGAUGUCACUCAGGCAGCAAUUGCGCAGCUACUGAAUAUUCCUAAUAGCUUAGUCAGAGUUCGAACGAGACGUUGCGGGGGUGCAUUUGGUUGCAAGAUCGCCAGAAAUAUGUUCGCUGCGUGUGGCACAGCCCUAGUCGCGUAUAAACUGAACAGGCCUUGCCGCAUAGCUAUGCGCAUGCCGGAUAUUAUGCGCAUCACUGGCAAAAGACCAGAUAGCAGGCUUGAUUAUGAGGUCGGCGUUGACGGAAACGGUCAAAUCCAAUAUUUAGAUGGAACCUUCUACGUCAACGACGGCAUGUCCAGAAACGAGAUUGAAAACUCCUACGCUACGGAUUCUAUGAACAAUUGCUACAAUCCUGAUCGAUGGAAGGUCGACUCUUUCGGCCCUAUCACUGACGCUCCGACUAAUUGCUUUAUGAGAGCACCUGGUGGUUUUGAAGGCAUUGCAGCUAUUGAACAUGUUAUGGAGCACAUCGCUAAAGAGAUAAAAAGAGACCCCAUAGAGGUCCGUUUCAACAACUACCGAGUUGAUGACAACCAGCUACCGGAAAUCGUCCCCGAGUUCCUAAAGAAAAGCGAUUUUAACGAGAGACUCGAAAAUAUAAAGGAGUUCAAUUCCAAAAAUCGCUGGAAGAAACGAGGAUUAAGGCUAAAUAAUAUGGCUUUCCCGACACAGUAUCUCGGGAAUUAUGGAGCUUUAGUUUCUAUUUACCACGGAGAUGGAAGCGUAGCCGUUAAUAUAGGCGGCAUCGAGAUAGGCCAAGGCAUUAAUACUAGAAUAGCGCAAGUAGCAGCAUCGGAGUUGAAGGUACCUGUUGAGAGGGUAGCCGUUCUGUCGGCGUACGAUUUCGCCACCCCUAACAAUUUUUCUACGGCGUCGAGUAUAACUACUGAAUGUUGUGCUCUAUCUGUGAUAAGAUGCUGCCAGCAACUCAACGCACGCCUGGCUCCGUUCCGGGCACUCAUGCCGGACGCUACUUGGGAACAAGUGGUUUUCGAGGCUGAUCUUAGAGGAGUUCUGCUGCAGGCGAACUACGAGACGAGCCCGAAUGACCCUCGCCUGCAAAACUAUUCUAUAUUCGGUGUCGCCGCGACCGAAGUGGAAAUAGACGUGUUGACUGGCACGAAGUACAUAGUUCGCGCGGAUAUAUUCGAAGAUGCAGGGCGCACUAUUAAUCCGGCUCUGGAUGUUGGCCAGGCAAGUAUCCAAAGACUUCCCAAUCAGAUGUACACACAAUUUCCAAAGUGCAUUCCCACUUUAUGA